AUGACAUUCUGUCUCAUUGGCAUUAUCUUUGGCUUUACAUGUCUAUCUGUUGAAAAUCAAGCCGUGUCAUCACCGCGACAAUCAUCAUCGUCAUUGUCAGCAUCACAAUCAUUGAUGAUAGCAUUAUUAUUAAAUCAUACUAAAAAAGAAUGGUCAUUAAAGCUGAAAGAUGAUAGCUACACUAGGAAUCAUGAAAUAGUAGUAAAACGACAAGAUAUUAUGCGUCAGUUACAAAAGCGAGCUGCCAGUGAUCUAGGGAAACAAAAACUUGAAAAGAGACAAAUAGACACCAUUAUCACACAAAUAACAAGUACAGAAAACACCAUAACAGACACAAAAACUAACAAUAUUAAUACAAAUAAUAGAACAGAUUCAACAAAUAACGUCACAACACCAACAAACACACAGCCUAACACAAUACUCACCACACCAACACCCACGACAACAACAAUGUCACCGACACCGUCAACAAUCAUCACAACGCAACCACAAACACCCACCGACACUACAACCACACACAGCACAACUCAGCCCAUCACAAGCACACCACAAACAACAACAACAGAAGCGGCCACGACAACAGCAACAACACCGACAAACACGCCAACUGCAACAACCACACCAUCGCCAACAUCAACGUCCACAACACCACCGCCAACAACACAAACACCCACUACUUCCACUACUCAAUCCACCACGGUCGCCGACACCACCACUACCACUGGCAUCACAACCACUCCAACAGCCGCUCCCACUACCGUCACAACACCCACAACCACACAGACAACCACAAUACUCACCACACCCACACCCACACCCACAACCACUAUGGAACAGACAACACCGACACCAACAACAACACCAACACCAAUGUCGACGCCAACACCAACACCAACACCCACAAUUGUCAGCACUCAGACGACCACAACCACACAAGCGCCACUCACAACCACAUCUCAGCCAUCAACACAAACAGAAACACCAACACCAACACCAACGACAACGACAACGCAAAUGCCAACGCCGACAACACCAACACCCACUGCCACCACUCCUCAAUCGACUAUGGAAACGUCCACGCCACAAGCAACAACAACCACUCAACCACCCACGACAACAACAAUGUCACCGACACCGUCAACAAUCAUCACAACGCAACCACAAACACCCACCGACACUACAACCACACACAGCACAACUCAGCCCAUCACAAGCACACCACAAACAACAACAACAGAAACGGCCACCACAACACCAACAACCACACCAUCGCCAACAUCAACGUCCACAACACCACCGCCAACAACACAAACACCCACUACUUCCACUACUCAAUCCACCACGGUCGCCGACACCACCACUACCACUAGCAUCACAACCACUCAAACAGCCGCUCCGACUACCGUCACAACACCCACAACCACAACACUCACCACACCCACACCCACAACCACAAUGCGAGCUGCCAGUGAUUUAGGAAAACAAAUAGUUGAAAAGAGGCAAAUAGACACCAUUAUCACAGACACAACAAAUACAGAAAACAUGAUAACAAGCACACAAAAAAGCGAUAUUAUUACAAACAAUAUAACAGACUCAACAUAUAACGUCACAACACCCACAACCACACAGACAACCACAAUACUCACCACACCCACACCCACACCCACAACCACUAUGGAACAGACAACACCGACACCAACAACAACACCAACACCAAUGUCGACGCCAACACCAACACCAACACCCACAAUUGUCAGCACUCAGACGACCACAACCACACAAGCGCCACUCACAACCACAUCUCAGCCAUCAACACAAACAGAAACACCAACACCAACACCAACGACAACGACAACGCAAAUGCCAACGCCGACAACACCAACACCCACUGCCACCACUCCUCAAUCGACUAUGGAAACGUCCACGCCACAAGCAACAACAACCACUCAACCGCCCGCGACAACAACAAUGUCACCGACACCGUCAACAAUCAUCACAACGCAACCACAAACACCCACCGACACUACAACCACACACAGCACAACUCAGCCCAUCACAAGCACACCACAAACAACAACAACAGAAGCGGCCACGACAACAGCAACAACACCGACAAACACGCCAACUGCAACAACCACACCAUCGCCAACAUCAACGUCCACAACACCACCGCCAACAACACAAACACCCACUACUUCCACUACUCAAUCCACCACGGUCGCCGACACCACCACUACCACUGGCAUCACAACCACUCAAACAGCCGCUCCCACUACCGUCACAACACCCACAACCACACAGACAACCACAAUACUCACCACACACACAACCACUAUGGAACAGACAACACCGACACCAACAACAACACCAACACCAAUGUCGACGCCGACCCCAACACCAACACCCACAAUUGUCAGCACUCAGACGACCACAACCACACAAGCGCCACUCACAACCACAUCUCAGCCAUCAACACAAACAGAAACACCAACACCAACACCAACGACAACGACAACGACAACGCAAAUGCCAACGCCGACAACACCAACACCCACUACCACCACUCCUCAAUCGACUAUGGAAACGUCCACGCCACAAGCAACAACAACCACUCAACCGCCCGCGACAACAACAAUGUCACCGACACCGUCAACAAUCAUCACAACGCAACCACAAACACCCACCGACACUACAACCACACACAGCACAACUCAGCCCAUCACAAGCACACCACAAACAACAACAACAGAAGCGGCCGCGACAACAGCAACAACACCGACAAACACGCCAACUGCAACAACCACACCAUCGCCAACAUCAACGUCCACAACACCACCGCCAACAACACAAACACCCACUACUUCCACUACUCAAUCCACCACGGUCGCCGACACCACCACUACCACUGGCAUCACAACCACUCAAACAGCCGCUCCCACUACCGUCACAACACCCACAACCACACAGACAACCACAAUACUCACCACACCCACACCCACAACCACUAUGGAACAGACAACACCGACACCAACAACAACACCAACACCAAUGUCGACGCCGACCCCAACACCAACACCCACAAUUGUCAGCACUCAGACGACCACAACCACACAAGCGCCACUCACAACCACAUCUCAGCCAUCAACACAAACAGAAACACCAACACCAACGACAACGACAACGCAAAUGCCAACGCCGACAACACCAACACCCACUACCACCACUCCUCAAUCGACUAUGGAAACGUCCACGCCACAAGCAACAACAACGACUCAACCGCCCGCGACAACAACAAUGUCACCGACACCGUCAACAAUCAUCACAACGCAACCACAAACACCCACCGACACUACAACCACACACAGCACAACUCAGCCCAUCACAAGCACACCACAAACAACAACAACAGAAGCGGCCACGACAACAGCAACAACACCGACAAACACGCCAACUGCAACAACCACACCAUCGCCAACAUCAACGUCCACAACACCACCGCCAACAACACAAACACCCACUACUUCCACUACUCAAUCCACCACGGUCGCCGACACCACCACUACCACUGGCAUCACAACCACUCCAACAGCCGCUCCCACUACCGUCACAACACCCACAACCACACAGACAACCACAAUACUCACCACACCCACACCCACACCCACAACCACUAUGGAACAGACAACACCGACACCAACAACAACACCAACACCAAUGUCGACGCCGACCCCAACACCAACACCCACAAUUGUCAGCACUCAGACGACCACAACCACACAAGCGCCACUCACAACCACAUCUCAGCCAUCAACACAAACAGAAACACCAACACCAACACCAACGACAACGACAACGCAAAUGCCAACGCCGACAACACCAACACCCACUACUACCACUCCUCAAUCGACUAUGGAAACGUCCACGCCACAAGCAACAACAACCACUCAACCGCCCGCGACAACAACAAUGUCACCGACACCGUCAACAAUCAUCACAACGCAACCACAAACACCCACCGACACUACAACCACACACAGCACAACUCAGCCCAUCACAAGCACACCACAAACAACAACAACAGAAGCGGCCACGACAACAGCAACAACACCGACAAACACGCCAACUGCAACAACCACACCAUCGCCAACAUCAACGUCCACAACACCACCGCCAACAACACAAACACCCACUACUUCCACUACUCAAUCCACCACGGUCGCCGACACCACCACUACCACUGGCGUCACAACCACUCAAACAGCCGCUCCCACUACCGUCACAACACCCACAACCACACAGACAACCACAAUACUCACCACACCCACACCCACACCCACAACCACUAUGGAACAGACAACACCGACACCAACAACAACACCAACACCAAUGUCGACGCCGACCCCAACACCAACACCCACAAUUGUCAGCACUCAGACGACCACAACCACACAAGCGCCACUCACAACCACAUCUCAGCCAUCAACACAAACAGAAACACCAACACCAACACCAACGACAACGACAACGCAAAUGCCAACGCCGACAACACCAACACCCACUACUACCACUCCUCAAUCGACUAUGGAAACGUCCACGCCACAAGCAACAACAACCACUCAACCGCCCGCGACAACAACAAUGUCACCGACACCGUCAACAAUCAUCACAACGCAACCACAAACACCCACCGACACUACAACCACACACAGCACAACUCAGCCCAUCACAAGCACACCACAAACAACAACAACAGAAGCGGCCACGACAACAGCAACAACACCGACAAACACGCCAACUGCAACAACCACACCAUCGCCAACAUCAACGUCCACAACACCACCGCCAACAACACAAACACCCACUACUUCCACUACUCAAUCCACCACGGUCGCCGACACCACCACUACCACUGGCAUCACAACCACUCCAACAGCCGCUCCCACUACCGUCACAACACCCACAACCACACAGACAACCACAAUACUCACCACACCCACACCCACACCCACAACCACUAUGGAACAGACAACACCGACACCAACAACAACACCAACACCAAUGUCGACGCCGACCCCAACACCAACACCCACAAUUGUCAGCACUCAGACGACCACAACCACACAAGCGCCACUCACAACCACAUCUCAGCCAUCAACACAAACAGAAACACCAACACCAACACCAACGACAACGACAACGACAACGCAAAUGCCAACGCCGACAACACCAACACCCACUACCACCACUCCUCAAUCGACUAUGGAAACGUCCACGCCACAAGCAACAACAACCACUCAACCGCCCGCGACAACAACAAUGUCACCGACACCGUCAACAAUCAUCACAACGCAACCACAAACACCCACCGACACUACAACCACACACAGCACAACUCAGCCCAUCACAAGCACACCACAAACAACAACAACAGAAGCGGCCGCGACAACAGCAACAACACCGACAAACACGCCAACUGCAACAACCACACCAUCGCCAACAUCAACGUCCACAACACCACCGCCAACAACACAAACACCCACUACUUCCACUACUCAAUCCACCACGGUCGCCGACACCACCACUACCACUGGCAUCACAACCACUCAAACAGCCGCUCCCACUACCGUCACAACACCCACAACCACACAGACAACCACAAUACUCACCACACCCACACCCACAACCACUAUGGAACAGACAACACCGACACCAACAACAACACCAACACCAAUGUCGACGCCGACCCCAACACCAACACCCACAAUUGUCAGCACUCAGACGACCACAACCACACAAGCGCCACUCACAACCACAUCUCAGCCAUCAACACAAACAGAAACACCAACACCAACACCAACGACAACGACAACGCAAAUGCCAACGCCGACAACACCAACACCCACUACCACCACUCCUCAAUCGACUAUGGAAACGUCCACGCCACAAGCAACAACAACGACUCAACCGCCCGCGACAACAACAAUGUCACCGACACCGUCAACAAUCAUCACAACGCAACCACAAACACCCACCGACACUACAACCACACACAGCACAACUCAGCCCAUCACAAGCACACCACAAACAACAACAACAGAAGCGGCCACGACAACAGCAACAACACCGACAAACACGCCAACUGCAACAACCACACCAUCGCCAACAUCAACGUCCACAACACCACCGCCAACAACACAAACACCCACUACUUCCACUACUCAAUCCACCACGGUCGCCGACACCACCACUACCACUGGCAUCACAACCACUCCAACAGCCGCUCCCACUACCGUCACAACACCCACAACCACACAGACAACCACAAUACUCACCACACCCACACCCACACCCACAACCACUAUGGAACAGACAACACCGACACCAACAACAACACCAACACCAAUGUCGACGCCGACCCCAACACCAACACCCACAAUUGUCAGCACUCAGACGACCACAACCACACAAGCGCCACUCACAACCACAUCUCAGCCAUCAACACAAACAGAAACACCAACACCAACACCAACGACAACGACAACGCAAAUGCCAACGCCGACAACACCAACACCCACUACUACCACUCCUCAAUCGACUAUGGAAACGUCCACGCCACAAGCAACAACAACCACUCAACCGCCCGCGACAACAACAAUGUCACCGACACCGUCAACAAUCAUCACAACGCAACCACAAACACCCACCGACACUACAACCACACACAGCACAACUCAGCCCAUCACAAGCACACCACAAACAACAACAACAGAAGCGGCCACGACAACAGCAACAACACCGACAAACACGCCAACUGCAACAACCACACCAUCGCCAACAUCAACGUCCACAACACCACCGCCAACAACACAAACACCCACUACUUCCACUACUCAAUCCACCACGGUCGCCGACACCACCACUACCACUGGCAUCACAACCACUCCAACAGCCGCUCCCACUACCGUCACAACACCCACAACCACACAGACAACCACAAUACUCACCACACCCACACCCACACCCACAACCACUAUGGAACAGACAACACCGACACCAACAACAACACCAACACCAAUGUCGACGCCGACCCCAACACCAACACCCACAAUUGUCAGCACUCAGACGACCACAACCACACAAGCGCCACUCACAACCACAUCUCAGCCAUCAACACAAACAGAAACACCAACACCAACGACAACGACAACGACAACGCAAAUGCCAACGCCGACAACACCAACACCCACUACCACCACUCCUCAAUCGACUAUGGAAACGUCCACGCCACAAGCAACAACAACCACUCAACCGCCCGCGACAACAACAAUGUCACCGACACCGUCAACAAUCAUCACAACGCAACCACAAACACCCACCGACACUACAACCACACACAGCACAACUCAGCCCAUCACAAGCACACCACAAACAACAACAACAGAAGCGGCCACGACAACAGCAACAACACCGACAAACACGCCAACUGCAACAACCACACCAUCGCCAACAUCAACGUCCACAACACCACCGCCAACAACACAAACACCCACUACUUCCACUACUCAAUCCACCACGGUCGCCGACACCACCACUACCACUGGCAUCACAACCACUCAAACAGCCGCUCCCACUACCGUCACAACACCCACAACCACACAGACAACCAAAAUACUCACCACACCCACACCCACACCCACAACCACUAUGGAACAGACAACACCGACACCAACAACAACACCAACACCAAUGUCGACGCCGACCCCAACACCAACACCCACAAUUGUCAGCACUCAGACGACCACAACCACACAAGCGCCACUCACAACCACAUCUCAGCCAUCAACACAAACAGAAACACCAACACCAACACCAACGACAACGACAACGACAACGCAAAUGCCAACGCCGACAACACCAACACCCACUACCACCACUCCUCAAUCGACUAUGGAAACGUCCACGCCACAAGCAACAACAACCACUCAACCGCCCGCGACAACAACAAUGUCACCGACACCGUCAACAAUCAUCACAACGCAACCACAAACACCCACCGACACUACAACCACACACAGCACAACUCAGCCCAUCACAAGCACACCACAAACAACAACAACAGAAGCGGCCACGACAACAGCAACAACACCGACAAACACGCCAACUGCAACAACCACACCAUCGCCAACAUCAACGUCCACAACACCACCGCCAACAACACAAACACCCACUACUUCCACUACUCAAUCCACCACGGUCGCCGACACCACCACUACCACUGGCAUCACAACCACUCCAACAGCCGCUCCCACUACCGUCACAACACCCACAACCACACAGACAACCACAAUACUCACCACACCCACACCCACACCCACAACCACUAUGGAACAGACAACACCGACACCAACAACAACACCAACACCAAUGUCGACGCCGACCCCAACACCAACACCCACAAUUGUCAGCACUCAGACGACCACAACCACACAAGCGCCACUCACAACCACAUCUCAGCCAUCAACACAAACAGAAACACCAACACCAACACCAACGACAACGACAACGACAACGCAAAUGCCAACGCCGACAACACCAACACCCACUACCACCACUCCUCAAUCGACUAUGGAAACGUCCACGCCACAAGCAACAACAACCACUCAACCGCCCGCGACAACAACAAUGUCACCGACACCGUCAACAAUCAUCACAACGCAACCACAAACACCCACCGACACUACAACCACACACAGCACAACUCAGCCCAUCACAAGCACACCACAAACAACAACAACAGAAGCGGCCACGACAACAGCAACAACACCGACAAACACGCCAACUGCAACAACCACACCAUCGCCAACAUCAACGUCCACAACACCACCGCCAACAACACAAACACCCACUACUUCCACUACUCAAUCCACCACGGUCGCCGACACCACCACUACCACUGGCAUCACAACCACUCCAACAGCCGCUCCCACUACCGUCACAACACCCACAACCACACAGACAACCACAAUACUCACCACACCCACAACCACUAUGGAACAGACAACACCGACACCAACAACAACACCAACACCAAUGUCGACGCCGACCCCAACACCAACACCCACAAUUGUCAGCACUCAGACGACCACAACCACACAAGCGCCACUCACAACCACAUCUCAGCCAUCAACACAAACAGAAACACCAACACCAACACCAACGACAACGACAACGCAAAUGCCAACGCCGACAACACCAACACCCACUACCACCACUCCUCAAUCGACUAUGGAAACGUCCACGCCACAAGCAACAACAACGACUCAACCGCCCGCGACAACAACAAUGUCACCGACACCGUCAACAAUCAUCACAACGCAACCACAAACACCCACCGACACUACAACCACACACAGCACAACUCAGCCCAUCACAAGCACACCACAAACAACAACAACAGAAGCGGCCACGACAACAGCAACAACACCGACAAACACGCCAACUGCAACAACCACACCAUCGCCAACAUCAACGUCCACAACACCACCGCCAACAACACAAACACCCACUACUUCCACUACUCAAUCCACCACGGUCGCCGACACCACCACUACCACUGGCGUCACAACCACUCAAACAGCCGCUCCCACUACCGUCACAACACCCACAACCACACAGACAACCACAAUACUCACCACACCCACACCCACACCCACAACCACUAUGGAACAGACAACACCGACACCAACAACAACACCAACACCAAUGUCGACGCCGACCCCAACACCAACACCCACAAUUGUCAGCACUCAGACGACCACAACCACACAAGCGCCACUCACAACCACAUCUCAGCCAUCAACACAAACAGAAACACCAACACCAACACCAACGACAACGACAACGCAAAUGCCAACGCCGACAACACCAACACCCACUACCACCACUCCUCAAUCGACUAUGGAAACGUCCACGCCACAAGCAACAACAACGACUCAACCGCCCGCGACAACAACAAUGUCACCGACACCGUCAACAAUCAUCACAACGCAACCACAAACACCCACCGACACUACAACCACACACAGCACAACUCAGCCCAUCACAAGCACACCACAAACAACAACAACAGAAGCGGCCGCGACAACAGCAACAACACCGACAAACACGCCAACUGCAACAACCACACCAUCGCCAACAUCAACGUCCACAACACCACCGCCAACAACACAAACACCCACUACUUCCACUACUCAAUCCACCACGGUCGCCGACACCACCACUACCACUGGCAUCACAACCACUCCAACAGCCGCUCCCACUACCGUCACAACACCCACAACCACACAGACAACCACAAUACUCACCACACCCACACCCACACCCACAACCACUAUGGAACAGACAACACCGACACCAACAACAACACCAACACCAAUGUCGACGCCGACCCCAACACCAACACCCACAAUUGUCAGCACUCAGACGACCACAACCACACAAGCGCCACUCACAACCACAUCUCAGCCAUCAACACAAACAGAAACACCAACACCAACACCAACGACAACGACAACGCAAAUGCCAACGCCGACAACACCAACACCCACUACCACCACUCCUCAAUCGACUAUGGAAACGUCCACGCCACAAGCAACAACAACGACUCAACCGCCCGCGACAACAACAAUGUCACCGACACCGUCAACAAUCAUCACAACGCAACCACAAACACCCACCGACACUACAACCACACACAGCACAACUCAGCCCAUCACAAGCACACCACAAACAACAACAACAGAAGCGGCCACGACAACAGCAACAACACCGACAAACACGCCAACUGCAACAACCACACCAUCGCCAACAUCAACGUCCACAACACCACCGCCAACAACACAAACACCCACUGCUUCCACUACUCAAUCCACCACGGUCGCCGACACCACCACUACCACUGGCAUCACAACCACUCAAACAGCCGCUCCCACUACCGUCACAACACCCACAACCACACAGACAACCACAAUACUCACCACACCCACACCCACACCCACAACCACUAUGGAACAGACAACACCGACACCAACAACAACACCAACACCAAUGUCGACGCCGACCCCAACACCAACACCCACAAUUGUCAGCACUCAGACGACCACAACCACACAAGCGCCACUCACAACCACAUCUCAGCCAUCAACACAAACAGAAACACCAACACCAACACCAACGACAACGACAACGCAAAUGCCAACGCCGACAACACCAACACCCACUACCACCACUCCUCAAUCGACUAUGGAAACGUCCACGCCACAAGCAACAACAACGACUCAACCGCCCGCGACAACAACAAUGUCACCGACACCGUCAACAAUCAUCACAACGCAACCACAAACACCCACCGACACUACAACCACACACAGCACAACUCAGCCCAUCACAAGCACACCACAAACAACAACAACAGAAGCGGCCACGACAACAGCAACAACACCGACAAACACGCCAACUGCAACAACCACACCAUCGCCAACAUCAACGUCCACAACACCACCGCCAACAACACAAACACCCACUACUUCCACUACUCAAUCCACCACGGUCGCCGACACCACCACUACCACUGCCACUCUUUUAUCUUCUUCAUCUUCUUCUACCUUUUUUCCCUCUUUCGGUCCUCUUAAUUCUUUUAGUUAUUCUUCUUUGACGUCUACCUUGUUACCCACUACCACGCAUAUUUCAGUUCUACCAGAAUCAUAUUCAUCAACUAUCCUCGCUGUUACUACGAAAGCUGCAGAUGUUAGCACUACUGGUAUCGCCAGCACGACUGUUAAGCCUGUUUUAUCUGUUUCCACGGUAUAUUGGAUUGAGUCGAGUAUAUAUCAUCAAAAUAAUAAUUCAGCAAUCACAUGGGAUGCUGCUUAUGCCGAUAAAACAACAACGAGUUAUACUAAUCUGGCUAAAACAUAUUGUAAUUUGCUAAUCACAUUCCUACAAAAAGCUCCACUAACAGCUAAUAAAGCAAAGGCAUGCAUAGAUGUGACAUUUUCACCUAGACAAGUAACCGUUGUCUGGGAGAAACGUCAAGCUGGUACAGGCAAUGCAGUUGAAAAUGUUGUCGGUGGUAAUGCUACAAUCCAGUUGAAUACAACACAAGCUGAUGUUUUGAGUACAGAUGAUUUUACAAAUAAUUUUGUUACCACAUACAAUAAUACUAAUGCAACAUCAACUAUACAAUUAUUUGAUGUACAAAUUGGACAAACCGCCCAAACAACAACCACAACAACAUUAGCACAGACACAAACAACAACCGCAAACACAGAAACCACACCAACCACUUCAUUCACAUCCAGUAGUACACCGACGGACACAACACAAACAACAAUAACACCAACUACCAUAUCAACACUAUCUACACUAUCUACACAAUCUACACCAACAUCAAUAUCAACAUCACCUCCCGUCACUGUCACCACACUCACACCAACACCAACCACUUCAUUCACAUCCAGUAGUACACCGACGGACACAACACAAACAACAAUAACACCAACUACCAUAUCAACACUAUCUACACUAUCUACACAAUCUACACCAACAUCAAUAUCAACAUCACCUCCCGUCACUGUCACCACACUCACACCAACACCAACCACUUCAUUCACAUCCAGUAGUACACCGACGGACACAACACAAACAACAAUAACACCAACUACCAUAUCAACACUAUCUACACUAUCUACACAAUCUACACCAACAUCAAUAUCAACAUCACCUCCCGUCACUGUCACCACACUCACACCAACACCAACCACUUCAUUCACAUCCAGUAGUACACCGACGGACACAACACAAACAACAAUAACACCAACUACCAUAUCAACACUAUCUACACAAUCUACACCAACAUCAAUAUCAACAUCACCUCCCGUCACUGUCACCACACUCACACCAACACCAACCACUUCAUUCACAUCCAGUAGUACACCGACGGACACAACACAAACAACAAUAACACCAACUACCAUAUCAACACUAUCUACACUAUCUACACAAUCUACACCAACAUCAAUAUCAACAUCACCUCCCGUCACUGUCACCACACUCACACCAACACCAACCACUUCAUUCACAUCCAGUAGUACACCGACGGACACAACACAAACAACAAUAACACCAACUACCAUAUCAACACUAUCUACACUAUCUACACAAUCUACACCAACAUCAAUAUCAACAUCACCUCCCGUCACUGUCACCACACUCACACCAACACCAACCACUUCAUUCACAUCCAGUAGUACACCGACGGACACAACACAAACAACAAUAACACCAACUACCAUAUCAACACUAUCUACACUAUCUACACCAACAUCAAUAUCAACAUCACCUCCCGUCACUGUCACCACACUCACACCAACACCAACCACUUCAUUCACAUCCAGUAGUACACCGACGGACACAACACAAACAACAAUAACACCAACUACCAUAUCAACACUAUCUACACUAUCUACACAAUCUACACCAACAUCAAUAUCAACAUCACCUCCCGUCACUGUCACCACACUCACACCAACACCAACCACUUCAUUCACAUCCAGUAGUACACCGACGGACACAACACAAACAACAAUAACACCAACUACCAUAUCAACACUAUCUACACUAUCUACACAAUCUACACCAACAUCAAUAUCAACAUCACCUCCCGUCACUGUCACCACACUCACACCAACACCAACCACUUCAUUCACAUCCAGUAGUACACCGACGGACACAACACAAACAACAAUAACACCAACUACCAUAUCAACAUUAUCUACACUAUCUACACAAUCUACACCAACAUCAAUAUCAACAUCACCUCCCGUCACUGUCACCACACUCACACCAACACCAACCACUUCAUUCACAUCCAGUAGUACACCGACGGACACAACACAAACAACAAUAACACCAACUACCAUAUCAACACUAUCUACACUAUCUACACAAUCUACACCAACAUCAAUAUCAACAUCACCUCCCGUCACUGUCACCACACUCACACCAACACCAACCACUUCAUUCACAUCCAGUAGUACACCGACGGACACAACACAAACAACAAUAACACCAACUACCAUAUCAACACUAUCUACACUAUCUACACAAUCUACACCAACAUCAAUAUCAACAUCACCUCCCGUCACUGUCACCACACUCACACCAACACCAACCACUUCAUUCACAUCCAGUAGUACACCGACGGACACAACACAAACAACAAUAACACCAACUACCAUAUCAACACUAUCUACACUAUCUACACAAUCUACACCAACAUCAAUAUCAACAUCACCUCCCGUCACUGUCACCACACUCACACCAACACCAACCACUUCAUUCACAUCCAGUAGUACACCGACGGACACAACACAAACAACAAUAACACCAACUACCAUAUCAACACUAUCUACACUAUCUACACAAUCUACACCAACAUCAAUAUCAACAUCACCUCCCGUCACUGUCACCACACUCACACCAACACCAGCCACUUCAUUCACAUCCAGUAGUACACCGACGGACACAACACAAACAACAAUAACACCAACUACCAUAUCAACACUAUCUACACUAUCUACACAAUCUACACCAACAUCAAUAUCAACAUCACCUCCCGUCACUGUCACCACACUCACACCAACACCAACCACUUCAUUCACAUCCAGUAGUACACCGACGGACACAACACAAACAACAAUAACACCAACUACCAUAUCAACACUAUCUACACUAUCUACACAAUCUACACCAACAUCAAUAUCAACAUCACCUCCCGUCACUGUCACCACACUCACACCAACACCAACCACUUCAUUCACAUCCAGUAGUACACCGACGGACACAACACAAACAACAAUAACACCAACUACCAUAUCAACACUAUCUACACUAUCUACACAAUCUACACCAACAUCAAUAUCAACAUCACCUCCCGUCACUGUCACCACACUCACACCAACACCAACCACUUCAUUCACAUCCAGUAGUACACCGACGGACACAACACAAACAACAAUAACACCAACUACCAUAUCAACACUAUCUACACUAUCUACACAAUCUACACCAACAUCAAUAUCAACAUCACCUCCCGUCACUGUCACCACACUCACACCAACACCAACCACUUCAUUCACAUCCAGUAGUACACCGACGGACACAACACAAACAACAAUAACACCAACUACCAUAUCAACACUAUCUACACUAUCUACACAAUCUACACCAACAUCAAUAUCAACAUCACCUCCCGUCACUGUCACCACACUCACACCAACACCAACCACUUCAUUCACAUCCAGUAGUACACCGACGGACACAACACAAACAACAAUAACACCAACUACCAUAUCAACACUAUCUACACUAUCUACACAAUCUACACCAACAUCAAUAUCAACAUCACCUCCCGUCACUGUCACCACACUCACACCAACACCAACCACUUCAUUCACAUCCAGUAGUACACCGACGGACACAACACAAACAACAAUAACACCAACUACCAUAUCAACACUAUCUACACUAUCUACACAAUCUACACCAACAUCAAUAUCAACAUCACCUCCCGUCACUGUCACCACACUCACACCAACACCAACCACUUCAUUCACAUCCAGUAGUACACCGACGGACACAACACAAACAACAAUAACACCAACUACCAUAUCAACACUAUCUACACUAUCUACACAAUCUACACCAACAUCAAUAUCAACAUCACCUCCCGUCACUGUCACCACACUCACACCAACACCAACCACUUCAUUCACAUCCAGUAGUACACCGACGGACACAACACAAACAACAAUAACACCAACUACCAUAUCAACACUAUCUACACUAUCUACACAAUCUACACCAACAUCAAUAUCAACAUCACCUCCCGUCACUGUCACCACACUCACACCAACACCAGCCACUUCAUUCACAUCCAGUAGUACACCGACGGACACAACACAAACAACAAUAACACCAACUACCAUAUCAACACUAUCUACACUAUCUACACAAUCUACACCAACAUCAAUAUCAACAUCACCUCCCGUCACUGUCACCACACUCACACCAACACCAACCACUUCAUUCACAUCCAGUAGUACACCGACGGACACAACACAAACAACAAUAACACCAACUACCAUAUCAACACUAUCUACACUAUCUACACAAUCUACACCAACAUCAAUAUCAACAUCACCUCCCGUCACUGUCACCACACUCACACCAACACCAACCACUUCAUUCACAUCCAGUAGUACACCGACGGACACAACACAAACAACAAUAACACCAACUACCAUAUCAACACUAUCUACACUAUCUACACAAUCUACACCAACAUCAAUAUCAACAUCACCUCCCGUCACUGUCACCACACUCACACCAACACCAACCACUUCAUUCACAUCCAGUAGUACACCGACGGACACAACACAAACAACAAUAACACCAACUACCAUAUCAACACUAUCUACACUAUCUACACAAUCUACACCAACAUCAAUAUCAACAUCACCUCCCGUCACUGUCACCACACUCACACCAACACCAACCACUUCAUUCACAUCCAGUAGUACACCGACGGACACAACACAAACAACAAUAACACCAACUACCAUAUCAACACUAUCUACACUAUCUACACAAUCUACACCAACAUCAAUAUCAACAUCACCUCCCGUCACUGUCACCACACUCACACCAACACCAACCACUUCAUUCACAUCCAGUAGUACACCGACGGACACAACACAAACAACAAUAACACCAACUACCAUAUCAACACUAUCUACACUAUCUACACAAUCUACACCAACAUCAAUAUCAACAUCACCUCCCGUCACUGUCACCACACUCACACCAACACCAACCACUUCAUUCACAUCCAGUAGUACACCGACGGACACAACACAAACAACAAUAACACCAACUACCAUAUCAACACUAUCUACACUAUCUACACAAUCUACACCAACAUCAAUAUCAACAUCACCUCCCGUCACUGUCACCACACUCACACCAACACCAACCACUUCAUUCACAUCCAGUAGUACACCGACGGACACAACACAAACAACAAUAACACCAACUACCAUAUCAACACUAUCUACACUAUCUACACAAUCUACACCAACAUCAAUAUCAACAUCACCUCCCGUCACUGUCACCACACUCACACUCACACCAACCACUUCAUUCACAUCCAGUAGUACACCGACGGACACAACACAAACAACAAUAACACCAACUACCAUAUCAACACUAUCUACACUAUCUACACAAUCUACACCAACAUCAAUAUCAACAUCACCUCCCGUCACUGUCACCACACUCACACCAACACCAACCACUUCAUUCACAUCCAGUAGUACACCGACGGACACAACACAAACAACAAUAACACCAACUACCAUAUCAACACUAUCUACACUAUCUACACCAACAUCAAUAUCAACAUCACCUCCCGUCACUGUCACCACACUCACACCAACACCAACCACUUCAUUCACAUCCAGUAGUACACCGACGGACACAACACAAACAACAAUAACACCAACUACCAUAUCAACACUAUCUACACUAUCUACACAAUCUACACCAACAUCAAUAUCAACAUCACCUCCCGUCACUGUCACCACACUCACACCAACACCAACCACUUCAUUCACAUCCAGUAGUACACCGACGGACACAACACAAACAACAAUAACACCAACUACCAUAUCAACACUAUCUACACUAUCUACACAAUCUACACCAACAUCAAUAUCAACAUCACCUCCCGUCACUGUCACCACACUCACACCAACACCAACCACUUCAUUCACAUCCAGUAGUACACCGACGGACACAACACAAACAACAAUAACACCAACUACCAUAUCAACACUAUCUACACUAUCUACACAAUCUACACCAACAUCAAUAUCAACAUCACCUCCCGUCACUGUCACCACACUCACACCAACACCAACCACUUCAUUCACAUCCAGUAGUACACCGACGGACACAACACAAACAACAAUAACACCAACUACCAUAUCAACACUAUCUACACUAUCUACACAAUCUACACCAACAUCAAUAUCAACAUCACCUCCCGUCACUGUCACCACACUCACACCAACACCAACCACUUCAUUCACAUCCAGUAGUACACCGACGGACACAACACAAACAACAAUAACACCAACUACCAUAUCAACACUAUCUACACUAUCUACACAAUCUACACCAACAUCAAUAUCAACAUCACCUCCCGUCACUGUCACCACACUCACACCAACACCAACCACUUCAUUCACAUCCAGUAGUACACCGACGGACACAACACAAACAACAAUAACACCAACUACCAUAUCAACACUAUCUACACAAUCUACACCAACAUCAAUAUCAACAUCACCUCCCGUCACUGUCACCACACUCACACCAACACCAACCACUUCAUUCACAUCCAGUAGUACACCGACGGACACAACACAAACAACAAUAACACCAACUACCAUAUCAACACUAUCUACACUAUCUACACAAUCUACACCAACAUCAAUAUCAACAUCACCUCCCGUCACUGUCACCACACUCACACCAACACCAACCACUUCAUUCACAUCCAGUAGUACACCGACGGACACAACACAAACAACAAUAACACCAACUACCAUAUCAACACUAUCUACACUAUCUACACCAACAUCAAUAUCAACAUCACCUCCCGUCACUGUCACCACACUCACACCAACACCAACCACUUCAUUCACAUCCAGUAGUACACCGACGGACACAACACAAACAACAAUAACACCAACUACCAUAUCAACACUAUCUACACUAUCUACACAAUCUACACCAACAUCAAUAUCAACAUCACCUCCCGUCACUGUCACCACACUCACACCAACACCAACCACUUCAUUCACAUCCAGUAGUACACCGACGGACACAACACAAACAACAAUAACACCAACUACCAUAUCAACACUAUCUACACUAUCUACACAAUCUACACCAACAUCAAUAUCAACAUCACCUCCCGUCACUGUCACCACACUCACACCAACACCAACCACUUCAUUCACAUCCAGUAGUACACCGACGGACACAACACAAACAACAAUAACACCAACUACCAUAUCAACACUAUCUACACUAUCUACACAAUCUACACCAACAUCAAUAUCAACAUCACCUCCCGUCACUGUCACCACACUCACACCAACACCAACCACUUCAUUCACAUCCAGUAGUACACCGACGGACACAACACAAACAACAAUAACACCAACUACCAUAUCAACACUAUCUACACUAUCUACACAAUCUACACCAACAUCAAUAUCAACAUCACCUCCCGUCACUGUCACCACACUCACACCAACACCAACCACUUCAUUCACAUCCAGUAGUACACCGACGGACACAACACAAACAACAAUAACACCAACUACCAUAUCAACACUAUCUACACUAUCUACACAAUCUACACCAACAUCAAUAUCAACAUCACCUCCCGUCACUGUCACCACACUCACACCAACACCAACCACUUCAUUCACAUCCAGUAGUACACCGACGGACACAACACAAACAACAAUAACACCAACUACCAUAUCAACACUAUCUACACUAUCUACACAAUCUACACCAACAUCAAUAUCAACAUCACCUCCCGUCACUGUCACCACACUCACACCAACACCAACCACUUCAUUCACAUCCAGUAGUACACCGACGGACACAACACAAACAACAAUAACACCAACUACCAUAUCAACACUAUCUACACUAUCUACACAAUCUACACCAACAUCAAUAUCAACAUCACCUCCCGUCACUGUCACCACACUCACACCAACACCAACCACUUCAUUCACAUCCAGUAGUACACCGACGGACACAACACAAACAACAAUAACACCAACUACCAUAUCAACACUAUCUACACUAUCUACACAAUCUACACCAACAUCAAUAUCAACAUCACCUCCCGUCACUGUCACCACACUCACACCAACACCAACCACUUCAUUCACAUCCAGUAGUACACCGACGGACACAACACAAACAACAAUAACACCAACUACCAUAUCAACACUAUCUACACUAUCUACACAAUCUACACCAACAUCAAUAUCAACAUCACCUCCCGUCACUGUCACCACACUCACACCAACACCAACCACUUCAUUCACAUCCAGUAGUACACCGACGGACACAACACAAACAACAAUAACACCAACUACCAUAUCAACACUAUCUACACUAUCUACACAAUCUACACCAACAUCAAUAUCAACAUCACCUCCCGUCACUGUCACCACACUCACACCAACACCAACCACUUCAUUCACAUCCAGUAGUACACCGACGGACACAACACAAACAACAAUAACACCAACUACCAUAUCAACACUAUCUACACUAUCUACACAAUCUACACCAACAUCAAUAUCAACAUCACCUCCCGUCACUGUCACCACACUCACACCAACACCAACCACUUCGUUCACAUCCAGUAGUACACCGACGGACACAACACAAACAACAAUAACACCAACUACCAUAUCAACACUAUCUACACUAUCUACACAAUCUACACCAACAUCAAUAUCAACAUCACCUCCCGUCACUGUCACCACACUCACACCAACACCAACCACUUCAUUCACAUCCAGUAGUACACCGACGGACACAACACAAACAACAAUAACACCAACUACCAUAUCAACACUAUCUACACUAUCUACACAAUCUACACCAACAUCAAUAUCAACAUCACCUCCCGUCACUGUCACCACACUCACACCAACACCAACCACUUCAUUCACAUCCAGUAGUACACCGACGGACACAACACAAACAACAAUAACACCAACUACCAUAUCAACACUAUCUACACUAUCUACACAAUCUACACCAACAUCAAUAUCAACAUCACCUCCCGUCACUGUCACCACACUCACACCAACACCAACCACUUCAUUCACAUCCAGUAGUACACCGACGGACACAACACAAACAACAAUAACACCAACUACCAUAUCAACACUAUCUACACAAUCUACACCAACAUCAAUAUCAACAUCACCUCCCGUCACUGUCACCACACUCACACCAACACCAACCACUUCAUUCACAUCCAGUAGUACACCGACGGACACAACACAAACAACAAUAACACCAACUACCAUAUCAACACUAUCUACACUAUCUACACAAUCUACACCAACAUCAAUAUCAACAUCACCUCCCGUCACUGUCACCACACUCACACCAACACCAACCACUUCAUUCACAUCCAGUAGUACACCGACGGACACAACACAAACAACAAUAACACCAACUACCAUAUCAACACUAUCUACACUAUCUACACAAUCUACACCAACAUCAAUAUCAACAUCACCUCCCGUCACUGUCACCACACUCACACCAACACCAACCACUUCAUUCACAUCCAGUAGUACACCGACGGACACAACACAAACAACAAUAACACCAACUACCAUAUCAACACUAUCUACACUAUCUACACAAUCUACACCAACAUCAAUAUCAACAUCACCUCCCGUCACUGUCACCACACUCACACCAACACCAACCACUUCAUUCACAUCCAGUAGUACACCGACGGACACAACACAAACAACAAUAACACCAACUACCAUAUCAACACUAUCUACACUAUCUACACAAUCUACACCAACAUCAAUAUCAACAUCACCUCCCGUCACUGUCACCACACUCACACCAACACCAACCACUUCAUUCACAUCCAGUAGUACACCGACGGACACAACACAAACAACAAUAACACCAACUACCAUAUCAACACUAUCUACACUAUCUACACAAUCUACACCAACAUCAAUAUCAACAUCACCUCCCGUCACUGUCACCACACUCACACCAACACCAACCACUUCAUUCACAUCCAGUAGUACACCGACGGACACAACACAAACAACAAUAACACCAACUACCAUAUCAACACUAUCUACACUAUCUACACAAUCUACACCAACAUCAAUAUCAACAUCACCUCCCGUCACUGUCACCACACUCACACCAACACCAACCACUUCAUUCACAUCCAGUAGUACACCGACGGACACAACACAAACAACAAUAACACCAACUACCAUAUCAACACUAUCUACACUAUCUACACAAUCUACACCAACAUCAAUAUCAACAUCACCUCCCGUCACUGUCACCACACUCACACCAACACCAACCACUUCAUUCACAUCCAGUAGUACACCGACGGACACAACACAAACAACAAUAACACCAACUACCAUAUCAACACUAUCUACACUAUCUACACAAUCUACACCAACAUCAAUAUCAACAUCACCUCCCGUCACUGUCACCACACUCACACCAACACCAACCACUUCAUUCACAUCCAGUAGUACACCGACGGAAACAACACAAACAACAAUAACACCAACUACCAUAUCAACACUAUCUACACUAUCUACACAAUCUACACCAACAUCAAUAUCAACAUCACCUCCCGUCACUGUCACCACACUCACACCAACACCAACCACUUCAUUCACAUCCAGUAGUACACCGACGGACACAACACAAACAACAACAACACCAACUACCAUAUCAACACUAUCUACACUAUCUACACAAUCUACACCAACAUCAAUAUCAACAUCACCUCCCGUCACUGUCACCACACUCACACCAACACCAACCACUUCAUUCACAUCCAGUAGUACACCGACGGACACAACACAAACAACAAUAACACCAACUACCAUAUCAACACUAUCUACACUAUCUACACAAUCUACACCAACAUCAAUAUCAACAUCACCUCCCGUCACUGUCACCACACUCACACCAACACCAACCACUUCAUUCACAUCCAGUAGUACACCGACGGACACAACACAAACAACAAUAACACCAACUACCAUAUCAACACUAUCUACACAAUCUACACCAACAUCAAUAUCAACAUCACCUCCCGUCACUGUCACCACACUCACACCAACACCAACCACUUCAUUCACAUCCAGUAGUACACCGACGGACACAACACAAACAACAAUAACACCAACUACCAUAUCAACACUAUCUACACUAUCUACACAAUCUACACCAACAUCAAUAUCAACAUCACCUCCCGUCACUGUCACCACACUCACACCAACACCAACCACUUCAUUCACAUCCAGUAGUACACCGACGGACACAACACAAACAACAAUAACACCAACUACCAUAUCAACACUAUCUACACUAUCUACACAAUCUACACCAACAUCAAUAUCAACAUCACCUCCCGUCACUGUCACCACACUCACACCAACACCAACCACUUCAUUCACAUCCAGUAGUACACCGACGGACACAACACAAACAACAAUAACACCAACUACCAUAUCAACACUAUCUACACUAUCUACACAAUCUACACCAACAUCAAUAUCAACAUCACCUCCCGUCACUGUCACCACACUCACACCAACACCAACCACUUCAUUCACAUCCAGUAGUACACCGACGGACACAACACAAACAACAAUAACACCAACUACCAUAUCAACACUAUCUACACUAUCUACACCAACAUCAAUAUCAACAUCACCUCCCGUCACUGUCACCACACUCACACCAACACCAACCACUUCAUUCACAUCCAGUAGUACACCGACGGACACAACACAAACAACAAUAACACCAACUACCAUAUCAACACUAUCUACACUAUCUACACAAUCUACACCAACAUCAAUAUCUACCUCGCCUUCCGUCAUUCUCUCCUCAGUGUCUAUCGCUUCCUCAUUUCCGUCGAAUAUAUCAUCCUCAGAAGCCACCCCAAUCACAGAAACAUCCAAAACAAGCAUCACCACAUCUACGGCAGAAUUCUCCUCCACCAAUCCAACAUCAAUUCAAACAUCACUAACAUCAACAUCACUCUCGCUAACACAAUCACCACAAUCAACAUCCACGUCACCCACGUCUCCGGCCACAUCACAAAUCCCAACAACAAACGCAUCAGCUACACCAAUACCAAUACCCAUACUCACAUCCACACCAUCACCGACAGCCACUCCCACACCAACACCUAUAUCCACUGCAACACCCACACCCACAGCUACAGCCACAGUCACAGCCACAGCCACACCUACAACAGCGAUCAAGGAAACACCAGUCACCGCUAACACAACCACCUCUCCAACAAUCUCUUCACAAACACAAACACCCACAACUCCUCAAAUACACACGUCAACACUCAAUGCUACAACACCCACUCCUCAAACACAAUCACCCCCCAUCGCAAUCGCUAACAUCUCCUCCACUCCACAAUUCACCGGAUCAACACCCACACACACAACCACCUCUCAAACAUCAGCCCUCACACAAGAACUCUCCUCCACAACACCACAAACCUCAACUCGAACAUCACUUACAUCAACAUCACCAUCACUCUCGCCAACACUUUCCUCGACAUCGGCUGUCUCCACGUUAUCCUCGUCUACACCUCUCUCCUCGUCUGCGUUCACCACCCUGGGAUUCACCUCGUCUGAUUCUACCUCUGUUUCUCAAGCCACCCCAAUCACAGAAACAUCCAAAACAAGCAUCACCACAUCUACGGCAGAAUUCUCCUCCACCAAUCCAACAUCAAUUCAAACAUCACUAACAUCAACAUCACUCUCGCUAACACAAUCACCACAAUCAACAUCCACGUCACCCACGUCUCCGGCCACAUCACAAAUCCCAACAACAAACGCAUCAGCUACACCAAUACCAAUACCCAUACUCACAUCCACACCAUCACCGACAGCCACUCCCACACCAACACCUAUAUCCACUGCAACACCCACACCCACAGCUACAGCCACAGUCACAGCCACAGCCACACCUACAACAGCGAUCACGGAAACACCAGUCACCGCUAACACAACCACCUCUCCAACAAUCUCUUCACAAACACAAACACCCACAACUCCUCAAAUACACACGUCAACACUCAAUGCUACAACACCCACUCCUCAAACACAAUCACCCCCCAUCGCAAUCGCUAACAUCUCCUCCACUCCACAAUUCACCGGAUCAACACCCACACACACAACCACCUCUCAAACAUCAGCCCUCACACAAGAACUCUCCUCCACAACACCACAAACCUCAACUCGAACAUCACUUACAUCAACAUCACCAUCACUCUCGCCAACACUUUCCUCGACAUCGGCUGUCUCCACGUUAUCCUCGUCUACACCUCUCUCCUCGUCUGCGUUCACCACCCUUGGAUUCACCUCGUCUGAUUCUUCCUCUGUUUCUCCCCUCACACAAGAACUCUCCUCCACAACACCACAAACCUCAACUCGAACAUCACUUACAUCAACAUCACCAUCACUCUCGCCAACACUUUCCUCGACAUCGGCUGUCUCCACGUUAUCCUCGUCUACACCUCUCUCCUCGUCUGCGUUUCCCACCCUUGGAUUCACCUCGUCUGAUUCUUCCUCUGUUUCUCAAGCCACCCCAAUCACAGAAACAUCCAAAACAAGCAUCACCACAUCUACGGCAGAAUUCUCCUCCACCAAUCCAACAUCAAUUCAAACAUCACUAACAUCAACAUCACUCUCGCUAACACAAUCACCACAAUCAACAUCCACGUCACCCACGUCUCCGGCCACAUCACAAAUCCCAACAACAAACGCAUCAGCUACACCAAUACCAAUACCCAUACUCACAUCCACACCAUCACCGACAGACACUCCCACACCAACACCUAUAUCCACUGCAACACCCACACCCACAGCUACAGCCACAGCCACAGCCACACCUACAACAGCGAUCACGGAAACACCAGUCACCGCUAACACAACCACCUCUCCAACAAUCUCUUCACAAACACAAACACCCACAACUCCUCAAAUACACACGUCAACACUCAAUGCUACAACACCCACUCCUCAAACACAAUCACCCCCCAUCGCAAUCGCUAACAUCUCCUCCACUCCACAAUUCACCGGAUCAACACCCACACACACAACCACCUCUCAAACAUCAGCCCUCACACAAGAACUCUCCUCCACAACACCACAAACCUCAACUCGAACAUCACUUACAUCAACAUCACCAUCACUCUCGCCAACACUUUCCUCGACAUCGGCUGUCUCCACGUUAUCCUCGUCUACACCUCUCUCCUCGUCUGCGUUUCCCACCCUUGGAUUCACCUCGUCUGAUUCUUCCUCUGUUUCUCAAGCCACCCCAAUCACAGAAACAUCCAAAACAAGCAUCACCACAUCUACGGCAGAAUUCUCCUCCACCAAUCCAACAUCAAUUCAAACAUCACUAACAUCAACAUCACUCUCGCUAACACAAUCACCACAAUCAACAUCCACGUCACCCACGUCUCCGGCCACAUCACAAAUCCCAACAACAAACGCAUCAGCUACACCAAUACCAAUACCCAUACUCACAUCCACACCAUCACCGACAGACACUCCCACACCAACACCUAUAUCCACUGCAACACCCACACCCACAGCUACAGCCACAGCCACACCUACAACAGCGAUCACGGAAACACCAGUCACCGCUAACACAACCACCUCUCCAACAAUCUCUUCACAAACACAAACACCCACAACUCCUCAAAUACACACGUCAACACUCAAUGCUACAACACCCACUCCUCAAACACAAUCACCCCUCGCAAUCGCUAACAUCUCCUCCACUCCACAAUUCACCGGAUCAACACCCACACACACAACCACCUCUCAAACAUCAGCCCUCACACAAGAACUCUCCUCCACAACACCACAAACCUCAACUCGAACAUCACUUACAUCAACAUCACCAUCACUCUCGCCAACACUUUCCUCGACAUCGGCUGUCUCCACGUUAUCCUCGUCUACACCUCUCUCCUCGUCUGCGUUUCCCACCCUUGGAUUCACCUCGUCUGAUUCUUCCUCUGUUUCUCAAGCCACCCCAAUCACAGAAACAUCCAAAACAAGCAUCACCACAUCUACGGCAGAAUUCUCCUCCACCAAUCCAACAUCAAUUCAAACAUCACUCUCGCUAACACAAUCACCACAAUCAACAUCCACGUCACCCACGUCUCCGGCCACAUCACAAAUCCCAACAACAAACGCAUCAGCUACACCAAUACCAAUACCCAUACUCACAUCCACACCAUCACCGACAGACACUCCCACACCAACACCUAUAUCCACUGCAACACCCACACCCACAGCUACAGCCACAGCCACACCUACAACAGCGAUCACGGAAACACCAGUCACCGCUAACACAACCACCUCUCCAACAAUCUCUUCACAAACACAAACACCCACAACUCCUCAAAUACACACGUCAACACUCAAUGCUACAACACCCACUCCUCAAACACAAUCACCCCUCGCAAUCGCUAACAUCUCCUCCACUCCACAAUUCACCGGAUCAACACCCACACACACAACCACCUCUCAAACAUCAGCCCUCACACAAGAACUCUCCUCCACAACACCACAAACCUCAACUCGAACAUCACUUACAUCAACAUCACCAUCACUCUCGCCAACACUUUCCUCGACAUCGGCUGUCUCCACGUUAUCCUCGUCUACACCUCUCUCCUCGUCUGCGUUUCCCACCCUUGGAUUCACCUCGUCUGAUUCUUCCUCUGUUUCUCCUGGUUCGUCAUCUGUUUCCUCCUCUUCUUCUCAACCAGAACCUGAAGAUACCGGGGAUACAACAGCAGUACCACCGGAAACAACGACAACGACAACAACAGUAGCAACAGGCGUCAACAAUACACUAUCACCGUCUGCUACAACACCUACAGUAACAUAUGAUGGAUUUCCCACAUACAGUUUUGUUGAAUUCUCUCUGGCUACCAGACCAGCUACAAGUAUUGUUCCAGUUAUUCUGCCAACUGUUUCAACAUCAUUUGAUGUAAAAUCAAGGAUAUACAAUCAAGGCAAUAAUACACCGAUAACAUGGAUAGAUGAUUAUUCAAAUGUCUCUUCACCACCAUAUACUGAGUUAAGAACAAAAUAUUGCGAUUUAAUAACACAUUAUUUACAACAAGCAUCUACUGGUGCAACAGACGGUUCAACUUGUAAUACUGUCAAUUUUACACCAGUUAGUGUUAUACAACCUGAUGGUAGUGUUCUUCGUACUGUUCAAGGUGAUGCUUCGAUAAUUGUACCAACAGCAGCUGGAUCACAACUUACUAGUAGUCAGUUAUAUUCUUUGUUAGUUCAAGGAUAUAAUCAAACAGCAAGUCCAUCUUCAAUUAGGCUGGAUGGUUUACAAGCUCAACGUGCUUCAAGUACAAUAACAUGUGCUCAAGUGACUAAACCGUGUGGAGAUCAUGCUACAUGUCGAGAUGUACCACCUGGUAUCUCAUGCUUUUGUAAUUCAAUGUGGAAAGAUGCAAAUCCUAGAGAUCCUGGAAAACAAUGUGUUUUACAUCCAGCUGCUAUUGCAUUGAUAGCUUUAGCUUCAUUAUUAUUAUUAGCUGCGCUUAUAUUACUCAUAGUCUGUUUACUACGUAGACGUCGAAGAAAGCGUAGUGCAAUAUUAGCUUCAACAGAAUUAGCUUCUAUGAAUAACUGGAGACAAAAUGGAUCAUGGAAAUUGAAUGGAAGAGGUAGAGGUACCUUGCCAGGUGGUAUAAAUGGAUCACUUCCACCUAUGGAUAUGCCACGUGCUUCAGUACCAGGUGGUUUACCUGGAGAUUUGAUUGAUUUACCACAAAUUCCAGCUUCACCAGCUCCAUCCGGUAUGAUAUCACCACCUGUUGCAAUGUCAUAUCCACAAACAGGAAUGGGAAUGCCUCUCGCUCCUGUUGGAGGUAUUAUGGGCGGUAGUUUAAUUGGCACUGGUCUGUCACAAAUUCCUGCAUCGAAACUUCCAAUAGCUGCAUCAGCCUACCCUCUAGCAGUGACUAGACGUAGUGUACCAGCUUACGUAUAUACUGGUAUGCCACAGAUACCUUCAUCGCCUGUCCCUUCACAGCCUAUUUCAAUGCCUCAGUAUUCAAUGGAACAGAACUAUCCGAGUAAUUUCACCGAAGGUUUUCAACGAAUUCCUGCAGCGUCAUAUCCACAAACAGGCAUGGGAAUGCCUCUCGCUCCUAUUGGAGGUAUCAUGGGAGGUAGUUUACUUGGUACUGGUCUGUCACAAAUUCCUGCAUCGCCCAUCCCUCCACAGCCUAUUUCAAUGCCUCAACCAUCAAUAGAAAGAAACUAUCCGAGUAAUUUUACUGGACGUCUUCAACAAGCUCCUUUAUCGCCGAAAAAUAUUCAAAGAAGUAUGGAAAUGCCACUUGCUCCAGUUGGAGGUAUCAUGGGAGGCAGUUUAACUGGCACUGGUCUGUCACAAAUCCCUGCAUCGCCCAUCCCUCCACAGCCUAUUUCAAUGCCUCAACCAUCAAUAGAAAGAAACUAUCCGAGUAAUUUUACUGGACGUCUUCAACAAGCUCCUUUAUCGCCGAAAUAUAUUCAAAGAAGUAUGGAAAUGCCACCUGCUCCAGUUGGAGGUAUCAUGGGAGGCAAUUUAACUGGCACUGGUCUGUCACAAAUCCCUGCAUCGUGA